AUUGGAAAGUGACCUCGAUGCCCUUAUUUACAACGAAGUCACUGAGGCAUCACAUUCCGUAAUUACAGGCUUCGGAAAUGACUACGGUCAUAAUACGACUUAUAUUUUAACGGAUAGGCGAAAACAAAGAUUGGAAAUAUGCCGUUACCACUUACAAAGCUAUGUCAAGUUAUUAUAACACUACAUGCGUUUGUUGAGAUUUUUGGUGUUUCUAUGCCGAUAGCACCGAAUGAAUGCUAUCUAAUGGUAGAUGCUUCCGAUUAUCGUGGCUUAAAAAAUACCACAUCUUCUGGUAAGACGUGUCAAAAGUGGACGUCACAGACACCUCACAGCCAUACACGAGGGCCAGAAAAUUAUCCAGAUUCAGGUUUGGGCGAUCACAACUUCUGCCGUAAUCCCGACGGAGAAUUGACUGCUUGGUGUUACACAACAGAUUCAUCCUCAAGGUUUGAACUUUGCGAUAUCGGUCUUCCUGGAGAUCACUGCGGCACUGCACUUUUUUACGGAACUGUUGUAGAGGUAUGCGCAGCAACACACCUAUGCCAGCCAAACAACCGAUGUGGUGAUGCUCCUUCUGAUGCAGAAGAAUGUGGAUGCGACUCAGCGUGUGAAUACUAUGGAGAUUGUUGCUAUGACUACUGGUCUGUUUGUAAUUCACCUGAGCCUAACCCUUCCGCAGCUACGUUUGACAGUGAGUUUAAAUGCAUGACCGGGGAUGGUUAUUUUAAAGAAGGAUAUUACACAGUAUCAUAUUGUGGAGAUGAUAGCACAGUGGAUGUGGACACUAUCGAUAAAUGUGAAAACCCUGGAUCAGGUGACAUUCUUUUGACAAUCCUUGUGUCGGAUACAAAUGAUAACAUCUACAAGAAUGUGUACUGUGCUCUCUGUAAUGGUGUACCAAUAUCAGAUGUGACUGCCUGGGAGGUCACGUUCCUCUGUCGUGAUGACGAUGUUCGCGAAGAAUUUGGAGUAGGUCCACAACCAGGUCCACAACCUGCUCCUGCACCACCUCCUUUGCCAUUUCCUUUCACCACUCUAGAACCAACAACAACUAAAGCACCUCCUCCAAAUAUACAUGAGCAAGUUGGCAACACUUUAAGUUGUCCCUACGAAAGUUUUCGACCGCCACCAGGGAAGCAGGAUACGAGGCGUCCUUGCAAUUCAGCAGCAAGAUCAGAAUGCAACGAAAACUACUUGAAUGAAAGUGUGAUCAAUGCAUGUUUAUCAAAUUACAAAGCCAUCGUAUACGACGACAAGGUUGUCUACAGAAAUCCCAAUUGUGCAAUCUGUAACAGUGUUCCUUUUUACACCUGUGAAAAUAUAUAUCCAGCUACUAGACCUUUUGGAUUCACACCAUUAACAGUGAUAGUAGACUUUUCCGAUCAAAGUAGUAUCUCUGUCAAUUCAGAUUACGGAUCGUACGUCACUGAAGGGAUUGAUUGUCCUACUGAUGAAGUCUUUGAUCCAUUUACCAAACAGUGCCUUAAAGUGACAUGUAAAUCUGGAUUUAUACUUCAAGAUUCAAAGUGUGUUGCACCUUUAAAAACGUCCGGGUGUGGUGACAGUGCAUUUCAAAUGCCAAGUGGAAUUUUUUGUUUAUGCAAGUUAGAAGAACACUCUUUAACUAUUGACUACCACUAUAAAGUUAAAGAAAAUGAUGUAACGGUUGAUGGUUUUACAGAAGAUCUGGAAUUUCUUGGGGUCCAGUAUACGAGGCAGUCCUCGAAACGUACGAGCACGACGAUUAUAACAAUUUCAAUUAAUGCAAUAAAUUGUCAGUUAGCGUAUGCUAUAUCUGAAUUAGUAGUUAGAAGAAUCAAUAAUACAUAUGAUACACAACUGAAUCUUGUGACAGUAACGCAGAACUGUUCCACGAUUGCCUUACCAAGUGAGCUACAUUGCGACUUUGACGAUGUAUUGCUUAAAGAGGAGGAGUUACAUUUUGACAACAUUACGCGAACUGUCCAUGUCGAUAACUCCUCUGUGACAUUUCCUGAUGAUAAAUACAUUAUGGAAAUUGCCAUUCAUAUUUGGAAUGAGUCUUACACUUGUACUACUUUGUCAUUAUCAACGUGUGAAGUUUGCCCACAAAUUUCGUUGAAUGAAUCAGCCUUUCUAGAUCAAGGUAAUGGAGCUCUGGUCCAUGAAUUGACAGGAAAUAUAUUUAAAGAGAAUCAAUAUUACUUGGAAGACCCAUCAAAUACGAGCAUAAUCGUGUGUUCUUUUCUAAAUAAAAGUGGAUCAAAUAUGGUACAAACUCAAUUCUUCAAUUACUCUGGUGCUCUACUAAUCGUCAGUGUCACUGGCACCAUACUUUCACUCAUUGGUCUACUUAUUACUAUUCUUUUGCGUGUCUUCAUUAAGGAACUAAGGACACUUUCUGGAAAGAUUAUUCUGAACGUUUCCAUUGCAUUAUUUUGUGCGCUACUACUAACUGUAAUCCAGAGUAACUUUAUUAAAUGGUUGAAUGGUUGUAGAACAGUGGCAGCCGUAUUGCAUUACCUGUGGCUAGUUUGUUUCUUGUGGAUGAAUGCAAUGGCAUUUGAGCUUUUUAGAACAUUCCGGUUCUUCAGAGCUUCGUCCAGAAGUAAAGGAUCUCAGAAAAAGUCUUUCAUUCUAUACUUCACAUCCAGUUGGGGUAUCCCUGCAGUCUAUGUUGGUGCUAUUGUAGCCAUAAGUCUGUGUGAAUGCACACGUUUAAAUGUGGUGUACGGUGAUGGCACAGUUUGUUGGAUUCGAGAUGAACUAGCCUCAUUUUAUGUUUUUGGUAUUCCAAUAGCUGUGAUCAUACUACCUAAUCUUAUACUGUUUGUAGCAACAAUCACUGGAAUAAGAGAGGCUAGGCAGUCCACGGCUAUAGUCAGUGGUGACAAGUCUAAACAGAAGCAGCUGGCAGAAGAAAUGAUUAUCUACAUACGAAUUUCAACAGUAAUGGGAUUAACGUGGAUAUUUGGUUUUCUUGCAUCAUUCAUCGAUCACGUGGUUCUGUGGUAUUUAUUCACAAUCCUGAACUCACUUCAAGGCUUCUUUAUCUUCAUAGCAUUUAAUCUAACUUAUUCAAUGAAGAAUAUUCUGGCAACCCGUAGAAAGAAACCGACUUCUUCGUUGCCAAAAACAAAAGAAACGUUGGUAUUACAAGCAAGCAAAAAUCGGAAUAGUGAAUCUGAACCAUUGCAGUCAAGCAGGUUAUGAUAAUCUUUAAUCGUGCUAGAAUCUUUUUUUCUAUGAAGACAAAUUAUUACUAUAGACCUAUAAAUAUAGGCCUACUAAUAUAGCAAAAAAUCAAGCUCACAAUAUUUUGUCGGUAUAAGAAUUGGAAAGUUUUUCUUCAUGCUUAGGAAUAGAAGAAUAGGCCUAUAUAAACUCGAUAUGAAUACAUAAACAAAUAUAUUUGUAUCUGUCCAUAUACAUGCAUUCAGUUUUUCUUUAAUUUAUUCCUUAAAAAAAUUUUUUUUUUGUAUUAUAAUAUUGUAUUAUAAUUAGAAACCACAUUGUGCUUUCUAAUUACCGAGCAUGUUAUAACCACUUUUUUUAAACACAAAUCUAAAUUGCAAAGCUUUUAGUUAGAUUAAUAAUAUAAUAAUCCAUACUACCUUUUAAAAAGUAAUGUUCUUAAGUUCAUACAUAAAAUAAAUGAAAUCGAUAAUGUAAA